CAUCUGCUCGUGUCAUUCGUAUAUCAGAUCACCUUGUUUACAUUUAAAUAUGUCUGGACGUGGAAAAGGAGGUAAAGUCAAGGGAAAGGCAAAGUCCCGUUCGAGCCGCGCUGGAUUGCAGUUUCCAGUCGGUCGUAUUCACCGUCUACUCCGAAAGGGCAACUAUGCCGAGCGUGUUGGAGCCGGUGCUCCCGUCUACCUGGCUGCCGUGAUGGAGUAUCUGGCCGCUGAAGUUCUCGAGUUGGCAGGAAAUGCCGCCCGUGACAACAAGAAAACCCGAAUUAUCCCACGUCACCUGCAGUUGGCCAUCCGCAACGACGAAGAGCUGAACAAACUUCUUUCCGGAGUGACCAUCGCUCAGGGUGGUGUCCUGCCAAACAUCCAGGCCGUCCUGUUGCCCAAGAAGACCGAAAAGAAGGCCUAAAUUCGAUCGAAGUUCCCGCCCUUUAACAAAAUCCGUCCUUUUCAGGACGACCAAUUUGAUGGUAAAGAGUUUCGUUUUCAAAACAGUUUCCUUCGUGGUGCGCAAGGAGUGAUAAAAUGAAUCCAUUAAAAACAUGGUUGAAUCUUUCUGUCAUGCUCUC